GCUCAGGGGCACAGCGGAGGCGCUCUGUUUCUGAUUUUUCUCGCCUUCCUUGGAGAUGCCUGUGCUUGGAAGGGAAGGCAGAACAUUGCAUCUUGGAACAAAUCUGCUUUUGAUCAUGCAAAUGAAUGCCUGGAUAAUGUAGGCAGACUGUCAAUUUCACCAGUUAGAAAGAAAGAGAAAAGGGGGGGAAAUUCCCCAUGACAGCGACUGAUGAAGAAUUUCAAUAGAAAGCUGCUACUUCAGAAAAUAAGAUCAUUUGCCGCGAAUGGAGAACAUCUCAGGCAGCCCUGAUGCUCCACCGUCCUUGCAGAGAGAAGCCUGCUCAGAGUGGUUACUGAAAACAGGAACCUGCCCUUCUGCAAGCCCUGUGCCUUCCUCGUUCCUAGCAGAGGAAAUAUGCGGCCAGUUUAGCAACUGCAGUUCUUCUGGGUAGCAUGGGCUGCUUCUCCACACCCGCGAGAGGCCCGGCUGCCUGUUUAUUCCGGAGCAGCAGCAGUUGACAGACGGAGAGGCAGUGACUCUGCGCCCAGCAAUCCCUCUGCAGACAGCUCCCACAGGAGUCAUGCCCAGUGUGUGAAGGCUCUGGGCAUCACCAGUGGCCCCAGGGAAAAAGAAAGAAAUGGGAAACAGCAUGAAAUCCGCCCCUGCGCCUGCCGAGAGGCCCCUGCCUAACCCAGAGGGACUGGAGAGUGACUUCCUUGCCGUGCUGAGUGACUACCCGUCUCCUGACAUCAGCCCCCCGAUAUUCCGCCGAGGGGAGAAACUGCGUGUGAUUUCUGAUGAAGGGGGCUGGUGGAAAGCUAUUUCUCUUAGCACUGGUCGAGAGAGUUACAUCCCUGGAAUAUGUGUGGCCAGAGUUUACCAUGGCUGGCUGUUUGAGGGCCUGGGCAGAGACAAGGCCGAGGAGCUGCUGCAGCUGCCAGACACAAAGGUUGGCUCCUUCAUGAUCAGAGAGAGUGAGACCAAGAAAGGGUUUUACUCACUGUCGGUGAGACACAGGCAGGUAAAGCAUUACCGCAUUUUCCGUCUGCCCAACAACUGGUACUACAUUUCCCCGAGGCUCACCUUCCAGUGCCUGGAGGACCUGGUGAACCACUAUUCUGAGGUGGCUGAUGGCCUGUGCUGUGUGCUCACCACGCCCUGCCUGACACAAAGCACGGCUGCCCCGGCAGUGAGGGCCUCCAGCUCACCUGUCACCUUGCGUCAGAAGACUGUGGACUGGAGGAGAGUGUCCAGACUGCAGGAGGACCCCGAGGGAACAGAGAACCCGCUUGGGGUAGACGAGUCCCUUUUCAGCUAUGGCCUUCGAGAGAGCAUUGCCUCUUACCUGUCCCUGACCAGUGAGGACAACACCUCCUUUGAUCGAAAGAAGAAAAGCGUCUCCCUGAUGUACGGUGGCAGCAAGAGAAAGAGCUCAUUCUUCUCAUCACCACCUUACUUUGAGGACUAGCCAAGAACAGACACAAUGGUUCAUGCCCAAAAGGAACAGAAGUUCCAACUAUUCCUGGGAUCUUGCGAAAAGCGAGGUUCCCUGAUCCCCGGGAACGUCACGUAUUUUAGAAGCCAAGAGAAGCCACAUGGAGACUCAAAUUCGCAUCUUCUCUGUCCACAUCGUGACCAAAGGAACCCCUCCCUGGUGUCUGAUCAGGGCUGUGGCAUCAUGAACAUUGGAUCAUGACAUGUCGGAUGAUGCUUGGAAGAGCCCAGCAUGUGUGUAUGCACACGUCGUGUGUAUGGGAAGGACAAAGCCACUCUCACAAGAAAGGGCACCAGGACUGCUCUCCAAGGAACUGGACCUGUCCAGACAGUUAUACUCCGAGGUCACUGGAGAGAACUUCUGUAUGGGCAAGGCUGAGAGGGAGAGGAAACAAAAGCUGUGUCCUGGCAGAAGGUCUGGGUUUGCAGAUGGGUGCCCUGAAUGGAACUACUUUAACUAAUCCAUAGGGACUUCUGGUAUGCUUUCCUCUCUUUUUAAAGGAACUUCGUGACACUAAAUAUUAGCCCAAAGGACUUCUUAGCCUUCAAUUGGGAGAUACCUUUGGCCUGCUCCUGCACCAAAGCCAUGUGGGUGGAAGGCAGAUGGCCUCCCUGAUUCUGCAGAGGGCCAGAAGACUGACAGAGAGGAAGGCUGCUGGCAGGGAAAUUGAGUGGGCCAGCCUAGAAUUGCACCGGCUUCCCUGAUGUCUGCAGCCACGGCUUUGCAGUGCAGACAGAGUUUCUCUGGGAUGCUGGGAUUCUUGCCUGUAUGAAUGCAUCAAGUAUUCAUUUAUUGCCUGAAUAGGCAUUGCAUUAAGUCCUGUGUAAGGUGUCAGGCAGGCCAAAAAAGAAAAUGCAUAAGUCCCAACCCCCAACAGAGGUGUUCACAGUGUAGACAGGGAAAAAAAUGCAUAAACAAAUGUGUAAAAAGAGAAAUCAGCUCAUGGCUUAGGAUGGAAUUGGAGACAGGUGAGGGACACUCAGGAGCUCAUUUUCCAGCUGCUCUUCAGAGUGGAAGGGCUGGCUGGAUCGGGUAGGUAAGAAUAGAUGGAUUUUUUAAAAAAAGAAAUGGAUACAGUCUAAAGAAUUAACUCGCCCGGUACUUUAUUCUAAGAAGGGUGUGGCAUCCAUAUGAGGAAAAAUGCUGAGCUCCAGGAAAGAUGAGGAGUCCAAGUGGAUUAAUGAGGUCAUGCAUAAUUUUAAGAGACAAGAGAGAAAACACAAUGUAUAGCCAGAGAAGGAGAAACUCCCAUCCAAAUCCUGCUAGGAAGAGAGUGGGCUGCAGAUGAAUCUAUGACUCAUGUUUCCCUGUUUCAAAGGGAUCCUGGGGAAGGAGGGGAACAUGCUUGCAGUAUCUCUCCCUGUCUGUCUGCUCACAUAAGCAUUCCAUCCAUCUGAGCUCAUCGUGCUAGUGGUAUGUGUAUGUGCAGUUACACGAUUAUCUGUAUCAUAGAUUCUAGUGUGUUUAUACAAGGAGACAUCUGUGGUUUCCCCAACAAUUCCAAAAGGCUAUUUCAAAGGAACCAGCCAACGUAUGAGAAAUGAAUGUAACACUGUGGACAUUGACUUCCCGCAUAAGGCAGGGUGCCCUCCUGAACUCCAGAUGUCUGCACAGUAUCUUAUGUGUUGUUUUCUGUUGUGACGAAUGUGAUUGGAACGUUUGGGGAGCACCCAGAGGGAUUUCUAAGUGGGAAGCAUUACACUUUGCUAAAUCAUGUAUUUAUUCCUGAUUAAAAUAAACCUAAUAAAUAUUUAA